CUCGACGGCGCGGCCAUGGCCGCCCUCAACGGCGCCGUGGAGAACGGGCAGCCCGACAGGAAAGUGCCGCCGCCGCUGCCGCGGCCCCUGCGCAGCCUGGAGGUGAAGUACACCAAGAUAUUUAUUAACAAUGAAUGGCACGAGUCUACAAGUGGAAAGAAGUUCCCCACCUACAACCCUUCAACGCUGGAGAAGAUUUGUGACAUUGAGGAAGGAGAUAAGCCUGACGUGGAUAAUGCAGUGGAGGCAGCCAAGGCAGCAUUCCAGAGGGGCUCUCCGUGGAGACAGAUGGGUGCCCCAAGCAGAGGACGACUCCUGCACAAACUGGCUGAUCUUCUGGAGCGAGACAGAGUCAUCCUGGCAACUCUGGAAACAAUGGACACAGGAAAACCUUUUCUUCAGGCUUAUUUCAUUGACCUGGAAGGCUGUAUAAAAACACUUCGGUAUUACGCUGGAUGGGCUGAUAAAAUUCAGGGCAGAACUAUCCCAGUGGAUGAAAAUUUUGUGUGUUUCACCCGGCACGAGCCGAUGGGUGUCUGUGGAGCCAUAACCCCAUGGAACUUCCCCUUGCUGAUGCUGGUUUGGAAGAUGGCACCAGCCCUGUGCUGUGGGAACACUCUGGUUAUCAAGCCAGCUGAACAAACUCCCCUCACGUCGUUGUACAUCGGCUCUCUGGUCAAGGAGGUGGGUUUCCCUCCUGGUGUGGUGAACAUUGUGCCAGGCUAUGGUCCCACAGCUGGAGCUGCAAUUUCUACCCAUGACAAUAUUGAUAAAAUUGCUUUUACUGGAUCAACCAAGGUUGGCAAACUGAUCAAGGAAGCUGCUUCUAAAAGCAACCUCAAAAGAGUGACAUUAGAGCUGGGAGGGAAAAACCCCUGCAUCGUGUGUGCAGACGCAGACUUGGACUUGGCAGUGGAAUGUGCCCACCAAGGCGUGUUCUUCAACCAGGGGCAGUGCUGCACGGCAGCCUCGCGGGUGUUCGUGGAGGAGCAGAUCUACCCGGAGUUCGUCAAGCGCAGCGUGGAGUUUGCCAAGAAGAGACUCGUUGGAGACCCCUUUGAUGCCAGAACUGAACAAGGGCCCCAGAUUGACCAAAAACAGUUUGAUAAAAUCCUGGAGCUGAUAGAAAGUGGGAAGAAAGAAGGGGCUAAGCUGGAGUGUGGGGGUCUUGCCAUUGAGGACAGAGGCCUGUUCAUAAAACCCACUGUGUUUUCAGAGGUCACUGACAACAUGCGAAUCGCCAAAGAAGAGAUUUUUGGGCCAGUUCAGCCAAUUAUGAAGUUCAAGAGUAUAGAAGAGGUGAUAAGGAGAGCCAACAGUACCGAGUAUGGACUCACGGCUGCGGUGUUCACAAAGAACCUGGACAGAGCCUUAACUCUGGCUUCAGCUCUGCAGUCAGGAACGGUCUGGAUCAACUGUUACAACGCGCUCUAUGCACAGGCUCCUUUCGGUGGCUUUAAAAUGUCAGGCAAUGGCAGAGAACUUGGUGAAUAUGCUUUGGCAGAGUAUACUGAAGUGAAAACAGUCACCAUCAAACUCUCCCAGAAGAGUCCAUGAGAACAGAAGGCCUAAAAUGCUGACACUCUGAAUGUGACACACGGGGGACGUGUUCAGAGCAAGGGGGAGGGGAGGGGUAGGAAGGAAAAUGGAAACACCUGUCUUUAUUCCUCUAGAAACACUGAAUCUACUGGACUCCAUUUUAUCAACUGGCUCUUCAAAAACUGAUUUUCCUGACCCUACUGGCAGUACACUCUUGUACUGUGCAAUUCCCUGGCCGUUCGUCUGCCUGCUACCUGUGGCUAAAAUGAUGGUCAGUCAUGGUGUUUGCAGGACAUCUGCUUUCAAACUGUACCCUGAAGGACGUGGACAUGGUUGGCAUGUUAGAGAGAUUGCUGGUACCAUUAGCACGGGCUGGCAGACAACUUCAGAGGCAUUUGGGUUUCACUUGGCAUAGAUGGACUCGAGUGGUAGGGUUAGUACAACUUGACUGGAGUUGGUGGAGUUUGUGUGGACAUUGCAGCUGGAGUUUGGAAUCUGAGUGCAAGCUUUCAUGGAAGGAUCUGUAAUGAAAUUCUCUUUGAAAGAGCUAUCUUAGUCUCUAUUAAGAUACAUGCAUUCUCCAUACUGGUGAUAUUCUAGCCCUGAAUGAGAUUUGUGGGAGUUUCCUAGAGGACUCCUUUGGGGCCAGUAUUUCACCCAACAGAACUAGACUUCCAAGUAUCCUUGGAACCUGAUGUUUUGGUGUGCACACACUACACAUGCUGCAAAUGCAAGUCACUGACUUGCUGACCCUUCUGGCUCCGAGUGAGUCACAGUUGUAUCUCAAACCUUCACUACAGCACUUUUUGCAGGAGGAUUUUGCACUGUACUUACCUUGAUGACACCAGGUUGGAUGCUGAGCAUGUAGCAUGGCAGAUACCCCACAGAAAACACCCUACACCAGUCCUUCUGACCUGGGGGAGAGAGCGGAAGAGCUGCAGGAAGCUGUCCUGCUCUCUCUUUCUCUGUAACUUUCAGGCUUUGUGAACAUCUCUUUAUUUUUUGAGCCAGGGCUAUUGUUGGGAGCAUAAAACCAUAAGCUCUUCUCACCGCUUCUUUAUCCUGUGUGAAUGUAGCUUAAAAAUACAUACUGGAAGUGCAGCAUGAAAAGGCAGGUGCUCCCAAGCACCACCAAGUGCUAAAGAGGUGGGUGUACAAGCCAAUUACUAUGGAUAAGCUAUGGCUGGACCUAAAUGUGCCAGAGCUUUGCAGUGGUUAUCCCUGUGAGUGCUGUCAUCUCAUAGCCAGCAUGGAGUAGUUGAUCCUUCACUGAGCAACCAA